CUCCAAUUCAAAGUACUACGUCCAGUUCGGAGGAAAAAGAAUCGAAACCACCGUGACGGACAGAGCCGCCGUCGCAAACGAGUGGGUCACCGAGAUCCGGUCCAAACACGCCGGCGAGUCAACCGUCGUCGUCGGCCUGGACAACGAAUGGCGGCCCCACCCGGUUCGCUACCUGAGCAACAAGUCCGCCACCUUGCAGCUCUGCGUGGACGAAGACUGCCUCAUCCUCCAGCUCUUCUACAUGGACGAGAUCCCGGAGGAGCUGAAGAGGUUUCUGUCGGACUCCACGUUCGUGUUCGUCGGAGUUGAGGUCGCCGACGACGUGAGGAAGCUGAGGGAGGAGUACGGGA